AUGCAAACAUUCAUCAGCAGAAGUAGGCCAACAUUGCAGAAAGCAGUUGAAUUGGAUCGAGAUAACAGGAAGAAUGAAGCGAUAGAGAAAUACGCUGAAGGCAUAUCCCUAUUGCUGGAAGCUUUAACAUGUGAUGAUUCGACAGAAAAUAAUAAGCAGUUGCUACGAGAAAAAAUCUCUAAAUAUUUGAUGCGAGCAGAGGUAUUGAAAGGACAGACCAAACGUGAAGUACUUUCGGUACAGCAAAUUCAUAUCAAGCAUAACGACAUUGGUUUUGGAUAUGAAAGGAUUUUUAAGCGGUGUGCUGACAUCACUUUAUCUCAGAUUGAUGUUCAUGAUGCUUACAUACGAUUGCCAUAUCAAGUUUUGAAUUUCUUACGUUUUUGUGAGUUAUUUGUGUUACACGCACCCAACCUGAAAAAGAUACAUUUGCGAACUCAUCAUGAUGCCAGGACUGUCGAUAUGUUCAAAGAACUCAAAAGUAGUCUAGCAUGCCGCGAUAUCGAACUGGAGGUUAAUUAUGACGAUAAAUUCCAUGAUAGAGAAAUCAGGUUCAGUAAUGGCUGGGUGGUGAAAAUUGGACGUGGAUUGAAUUAUUUUCAAAGUGUCGGACGUUGUGAAAUUGGAUCAUGUGAUUUGAAUUUAAGGAAAUGUUAUGAAACUAACGUUGAUAUUUUCCAGUUCAAAGUUUCUCAGUAACU